AUGGACGCCAUUGACAUUGGGGCUCCCACGCCAACCCCAUUACCAGAUGCUCCGGCCAAGGACUUCAUGACAGAUGCCCAGUGGGAGACACUCUACGCCCUUCUUGACGGCGUUUUACCCUCCAUCACAUCCACCACGUCUUCUGUUGUAACAGACAAGAACACCAGCAUUCUCCUAUCCGACACUGAAUUUGAAUCCCUCAUUGACGACUCCGUUGCCGCCCUUCCCAACGGCCCAGCUAGAAGCAAGGUAAAGGAAUACCUCGAGUUUCGACCGUCUCAAGAUGAAAAGUUCCGCGAGGAUUGUCUACGGUCCCUGGCCAUUGUUCCUCAGAGGGGCCAGUUGAUCAAAGUCUUGAAUCUUCUCGGUGGAAAUGCUGGCAGCAUGCUUCUGACUGGCUAUUGGACCCCCAUCACUCAGCAACCAACAAAGGUUCGAGAAGCCAUUCUCAAGUCGUGGGCCACCUCCCGUCUCACUGCUUUACGAAUGCUAUCCAAGUCUCUUGCGCAAAUGGCUCUAAAGGCAAAUUCCAUUUACAGCCCUUACUUCAGCGAGAUUUCAGGCUACUCAGAUGUUCCAAAAGACUGGAAACCCGUCGAUGGAUACGACUACAACUUCAUUCAGGUACCCGCAGGCAAUGGCGUCCACGAAAUCACCACCGAUGUGGUUAUUGUUGGUUCAGGCUGCGGCGGUGGUGUUUCGGCCAAAAACUUAGCCGAGGCCGGUCACAAAGUCCUGGUUGUAGACAAGGGCUACUACUUCCCUCCGUCUCAACUUCCCAUGACACAAGCCGCUGGUGCUCAUUAUCUGUACGAUGCUGGCGGUGUGUACUUUACCGACUCGGCGAGUAUAGGCAUUGUCUGCGGUGGCUCCUGGGGAGGCGGCGGUACUGUCAACUGGAGCGUCUGCUUCAGGUUGCAAGACUACGUUCGUGAGGAGUGGGCUGCCAAGGGGUUGCCUCUGUUCACGUCAAGCGAUUUCGACGAUAGCAUGGACCGUGUGUGGGACUUCAUCGGGGCUAGCAAGGACGCUAUCCGACAGAAUCCGCGAAAUCAAGCCGUGUUGGAUGGCAUUCAGAAGCUUGGCUGGAAGGGCGGCGUUGUCGAGCAAAACACUGGCGGAAAGGAACACUAUUGUGGGCAAUGCCAUCUUGGUUGCGGCUCAGGAGAGAAGAGAGGUCCUUCGGUGGCUUGGCUGCCUGCUGCUGGUGAUGCUGGUGCUGAAUUCAUGGAGGGAUUUGCCGUGGACAGAGUUCUUUUUGCAGAGGAUGGGGUUACUGCUGUGGGAGUGGAGGGUAAGUGGACAUCUAGGGAUGAGAAUGGCGGAGUACACGCACAUGAGAACACUCGAGUCCAACGGCGGGUUGUGAUUAAGGCCAAGAAGGUCAUCAUCUCGGGUGGUUCCAUGUGGAGUCCGGUGAUUUUGGCAAAGAGUGGUAUCAAGAACCCCAACGUCGGAAAGCAUCUCCACCUUCAUCCCGUCAACUUUGUGUCCGGUGUGUUUGGCAACAGGGACAUGUCAUCUUGGGAGGGCGGCAUCAUCACUUCAUAUGUCGAUGAGUUUGAAAACCUCGAUGGCAAGGGUCACGGUGUAAAGUUGGAACCAACCAGCAACAUUCCCUACGCAACAUACUCCGUCCAAAGCUGGAGAAACGGAGUCGACGCCAAACUCCUGGCAAUGAAGUACCGCCACAUCGGCACCUUCAUCUCCCUCACCCGAGACCGCGACACCGGGCGCGUGUACCCUGACCCCCGAAAAGGCACCCCCCGCAUCGACUACAACACCUCCGACUUUGACCGCGAGCACACCAUCGAGGGCCUCAUUGCCCUCGCCAAGAUCUGCUACGUCUCAGGGGCGACCGAGAUCCGCCCUCACCUCCAGCACCUGGAGCCGUUUGUGCCCAGCGACGGCGGCAAGCGACAGGCCGAGCACCAGCCUGGCAAGGACCCCGAGUUUACCGACCCCGAUUUCGCCGCCUGGCUUCGGGAGCUGCGUGCCGCGGACAAUAAGCCCCCUACUGCGCUGUGGAUGUCUGCUCACCAGAUGGGAUCGUGUCGUAUGAGUGCCAGUGAGGACACGGGCGUGGUUGAUAUGAGCGGUAGGGUUUGGGGGGCUAAGAAUCUGUAUGUUGCGGAUGCGAGUGUUUUCCCUAGUGCGAGUGGUGUUAAUCCCAUGGUUACGGCGAUGGCGUUGGCGGAUUGGAUAUCAAGGGGAGUGGCGAGUGAGUUGGAUGGGUAG